AUGUCGUUUGGAGAGAGUGCGGCUGUCUUCAAGGCGCGAGCCAAGGACAUUGGAGUUUCAGAUGAGAGCUUCGCGAAGCUUGAGGCGGAGGGACUGACAACGAUGGCAACUUUCGCCUUCUGUUGUCAUUUCAACCCGUCUGCGACAGACGAGAAGCCUCUCACCGACCUGGUGACCAAGGUUCUCGGUGCUGCGCCUUCCCUUAAGGAGAUGAGUUGCUUUCGGCGUCUGUUCGCCGAGGCAUACGCAACUGUUGCAUCCGACAUACGAGCUCAAGUGGAAGCAACGGAGGAUUCAUCGAUCAAGAAAUUAGCUCCGGCCGACAGGGCCGAGCGUUUGCGGGAGCAACAGGCCAGGCUCAAAGGUCUUGACUUGAGGGGCAACAUGGAGCCAGGCGAUUCCUUGAUAGAUCGGGCUGUGGCGAUCUACGAAUCUGACAGACUCCAAUAUGUGGAGUGGCAGCAUUCUGUCAGCAGGCAGCAUGAGCUUCUUACCGGGCUCAAGAAGGAUGCAUCGCUUACUUUGGAUUCUGCAGGCGGCCUGAAAAUUGCCAGCAAGCCCAAUGUAACUCCUUGCGACGUGUCGAAUGACAUGAUGGUUCGCUACGCCUUAGUGCGAAGGGGCCUAGCCUUUGAACAGGCGAACAUCAUGGCAUACCAUUUGCACGAUGAGUUGCUUGAAAAGUACAUGUCGUUCAGGCUUACCGACCCUCCUCCGAAUCAUGCACGGGUGAGCUUGAAACAGAUUGAGCAAGCUGAUCGACAAUUUACCUUGUUGCUCGCGGAACACACUCGCAGCGGCAUCAAGGUGAAGGCGGGAGGAUCGCGGCCAUGCGAUGAUGCAUUCCGCAAAGUGUUCGAGAGCACUGACUUCCUCUCGAUGCUAACCCCGAGGCCUCUUGCAGCGGGAUCAGGAGCUAGCCGUGACGCUUCCUCAGGUGAUGAGCCCCCGAUCAAGCGCCAUAAGGGCAAUGGCAAGGGCGUGGGUCGUGGGCGCGGGGGUAAGGGCGCCGGCAAAGGAUCCACCAAUGCCAGGGUCCCGGCAGAGCUCCUCGCACUCGGGAUGCCACAGAGGGCACCCAGCCAAGGAAUGCCCUGCGAAAAAGGCGCCUUCGUCGUGACUAAUGAGUCCGACGAGCGCGCGCGCCCCACCAUCGCCAUUGGCGCACGGUGGGCGGCUAAAUUAGACGAUGCAUAUGCCUUUUGCGAAUCUUUGGCAAGCCACUUUUUGCAAUCUUCCGACUUCAGUGCAACUAACAUAGCGUCCAUUUUGGACGCAUUUCCUUCGGAGGACCACACUCGAACUUGGCUGGAAGCCGAUGGAGACUCCAAAGCCAUUACGGUAGGUGCGUGCAACCGAGGCGGGGUCACAGCAGUUCGCAGUAACACCCGCCGCAUGCCGGCGGUGGCAAAGUAUCUUGCAGCUUGUGUCAAGUUGGUUGCACCGAAAUGCGAGUUCACAUCCGUGUCUGUGCACCGGAACCUACAAGCCCCAAUGCAUCAGGACUCCUUCAACAGCAGUGUGCCUAACGUCAUUGUCCCACUAUCCUCCUUUGCUGGAGGACACAUCUUCGUCGUGCAUCCUGAGGGCCCAGACCAUACAACCUACGAAGAUGUUCCGUGGACAGGUUUCAAACUCGAUUGUGCUUCUCAUGCUUGGGCUUUUGAUGCUAAGCACUGCAAACACUUUACUUUGCCGUGGAAAGGCUCCAGAUCCCUUCUCGUUGCCUUUACCGUGGGUCACCUCUCGGGUUUAGCUCCCGGUGACAGGGUCCCCUGCCAGGAUGUACAACAGGGCCCCACCAUGAAGCCGUACCCUUUGCAAGGUUACGAUUUGCGGUGUCCACAAGUGUCCACCGACUCGGCGCCGCUGGCUCAGCCGAGUCCGGCCUUCCCUUCUGCUGAGUUGCCCGCCGACGGGCCUUUGGUGAUCGAGCUCUGUGCCGGGUCCGCCAUUCUCAGUCAGACGGCCGCAUGCCGCGGCUUUGCAAUCAUGCCAGUGGAUCAUGCGCACAAUCGCCACGCUCCCAAGUGCAAAAUCGUGAAUCUCGACUUGACAAAAAGCCACUCCUGGGAGGUCCUCAAAUUUGUAAUCAAGUCCCGGCGGGUGGUGAUGGUGUUUGCUGCUCCGCCUUGCGGCACCUGCAGUGCUGCUCGCAACUACCGCCCGGGACCCCCAGUGCUCCGCACUACCUCACAUCCGUGGGGUGUCCCGUGGGCCUCUACCAGAGACUGUGUCAAGCUUAAAGCUGCCAAUGCAAUAUACAAACACCUUUGUGCUUUUCUUGAAAUGUGCGAUCAGCACUCCGUGCCUUGGUGCGUGGAGAACCCUACCAACAGCAUGUUCUGGGAACUGCCAUGUCUCGCGUACCCUUUGGCUCAUGGUUUCUUCGCACAUUGUCAGGCAUGCGCUUUCGGCAGCGAACGCGACAAGAAGACCUCCUUUUUGUGCAGCAGCUCGUGUAUCUCUCGCAUGGCUCUCAUGUGCCCAGGCUGCAAACAACAUGCAUCAUGGGGCCAGACCUCUUCUGCCACCUUCGCCACGGCGGAGGAAGCAGCUUACCCACCGGCCAUGUGUCAGGCCUUGUGUGAUGUCUUUGAGUCUGAGGCUGCGCGCCUCAACUACACGUUGGGCUCGGCUCAUCCAGUCCUGGCCCGAGCCCACAAGCAGCCUCGCGGGCGCCUACACCCGCAACUCCUGUCGGAACAUAGUGCAAUCCUCUCCCGUCUGCUGCCCCGGGCCCCGACCCUUAAUAACAAGCGCUGCCUCAAGCAUGAUGUUCACGGCGUCCCGGCCGGCAGCAAACUCUUGCGUUCCGAGAAUAGGGGAAGUAAAGGUGUCUUCUGUGUCUUUGGAGUCUUCAGGAGCCCAGAGUCGUUCGUCAGAGAGGCUAAGCUGCUGCACCACCCGUUUGAUUCCCUGGCACAGCUACCAGACUACUUGAUCAAAUCCCUGUUUGAGCAGAUAACAAAAUCCCCUGCGGAGAUCUGCAAGCUCAGACUUCUUCGUCUUCAAAGAUGGAGAGCCAGAGCGACGGAGCUGGCGCCAGUCGAGCAUGCACACCGUGCCAAGAUGCAGCCUUCAGUGAGGGAAAUCCUCGCCAACAAGCGUACGGCUCUCCUGGAGGAGAUGGCGGCCGAAAUUGAUUGGCCGGACAAGGGUCUCUUCUCAGAAAUGCGCCAGGGCUUCCGACUCGUUGGCUGCCUGAGCCCUUCUGGUGUGUUCAGGGAAGGAGGGUACCUCGCCUCCAUCAGCGAAUCGGAGUUGAUGGAAAACGCUGAUAGCAUCAAAGAUUCUCUCUUGUCACGUGUGUCAUCUGAUCCUCUUGACGAGAACGCUGACGAGCUGUACGAUGUGACUCUUCAAGAGUCAACCCAGAAAAAGUGGCUAGAAGGGCCGAUGUCUCCCGAAGACAUUGGAAAGCGACUUGGGGCAUGGAUCCCAGUGCGCCGCUUCUGUGUUGUGCAAAAAGGACGCUUGAGACCGAUCGACGACUUCAAGGAGAAUCUUGUAAACCAAGCCUGCUCUACAAGCGAACGGAUCGUGCUUCAGGCGAUGGACCAUCUUUUAUGGUCUCUUUCUGUGUUGUGCCAUUUCUACCGGAAGCGAGGAGCCGUCGAUUUCACUUUGUCCUCUGGAGAGAGGUUGACGGGGCACGUCCACCCUGACUGGCAGAAAUCGGGGGCGAGCAUGCAAGUCGCCACCUUGGACUUGAAAUCCGCAUACAAACAGCUACCUUUGAGUCCCUGCGAUUUCGACAAAAGCGUGGUGACCUUGAAGGAUCCGAAAACGGGAUCCAUCUCUUGCUUUGUCAUGCGCACGCUCCCAUUCGGAGCGCUUGCAUCAGUGUACCACUUUCUGCGCGUCAGUUUGCUGUUGCAUGCCCUCGGGUGCCACCUAGGAGCAUGCUGGUCCGCAUACUUCGACGAUUUCCCCAUGGCAACGCAUUCGCUUGUGGCCACGUCAACUUCGGCUCUAGUUAAGGGGUUCCUUAAGUUAGCGGGGUUCGACUUUGCAGAUGAGAAGUGCACGCCUUUCUCUGCCGAUGUCGAAGUCUUGGGAGUUACUCUCGAUGUAUCCCAGAGCACGGAGGGACUCAUCAAUAUCCGAAACAAGCCUUCCAGGUGCGAGGAGCUGAAUGCUGUGAUUGAGGAGGUUCUUAGGGAUAAGUCCAUUGUCCCCUGCCGGUUACCCUCCUUCAUAGGCAAACUUCAGUUCGCUGACGGUCAAAUCUGGGGCCGGGCUGGGCGCAUGGCCUUGCGCGAUCUAAGGACUUUAGGGUUCACUUCUAGGGUGCCGGUUUCCCUCGAUGCCAGCGGGAUCGAUGCGCUCAAAAUCCUCCAGCAGAGGUUGAUGCACGGAAAGCCUCGCGUCAUCCGGGCCGGAUGGAAAGAAAAGCCGAUACUGCUGUUCACAGAUGGAGCACUGGAAGAUGACAACCACGAUCACGGACCGGCCACCGUGGGGGCAGUCAUGUUUAAGCCGAAUGAAUCCAAUGUGUACGCUUUCGGAUGCGAGGUGCCGGCCAACGUACUGUCUCAUUGGAGAUCCGACGGCAAGCGUCAUGUCAUAGGUCUUGUGGAGCUUUAUGGAGCCAUUCUGGCUCUUCGGCAUUGGCGUAAACACUUGGACGGCAGACGAGUGAUUUUGUUUGUCGACAAUUGGCCAGCACUUGAUACUCUUGUCAAAGGAGAUGCCACCGUCGCAAUUUGGCGGGAAAUUCUUAUGAUCCUUGAAAACCCGCAGGAAGCAUCACCAUGUUAUUUAUGGAUAGCACGAGUACCUUCAGCGUCCAACAUCGCAGACGCCCCGAGCCGUGGAUCGCUUUCCGAGCUUAGUCACUGGCCGUUAUGCGUCGAGGUGCCCAAUUGCCCGCUGUCGAAAGUUGCUCUGAAGUCGAUUGUGUCUCAAGGCUAA